UAAAAAAACAGUUUUAAAUGUAAUAACUAAUAGUAACAGAAAAAAAUAGAAAAAAAAAAAGUUAGAUUCAGGGGGAAUAAAUAAAUAAACAUAAGUUAGUUUGACCUGUUUAUCAAAAGGUUGGGUGCUUGUAGGAAUUCUCCUCUGUUUUUCAGACAAAACCAAGAAAUGGCAUCAGAACGUAAACUUUACAGUUUUGAUGAUUUGCUUAAGCAUAAGGAUAGGGAUGAUUGCUGGCUUCUAAUUCAUGGCAAGAUAUAUGAUGUAACUUCAUUUAUGGAGGAACAUCCCGGAGGAGAUGAAGUCUUGCUAGCAGCUACCGAGAAAGAUGCAACCGAUGACUAUGAAGAUAUCGGUCAUAGCGAAGAGGCGAAGGAGAUGAUGGACAAGUACUGCAUUGGAGACAUGGAUAUGAAAAGUCUUCCACCUCCGGGAUUUGUUAGGUACCGGCCGCCUCAAGAUCAUCCUAAAGCUCCACAAGGCUCAUUCUUGGUUAAGCUCUUGCAACUCUUGUUACCCUUGAUCUUUCUUGGUGCUGCAUUAGCUUACCGAUCCGUCACAAAGAAGGAAUAGUAUGUGCAUUAAAGAAUUGGUGCAAAGAAACUCUCUUCCUUUUCUUUUUUCUUGAUUGAGGCUAAUGUACUAUGUACGUCUGAAAUUGGGUUUCUAUUAGGAAGUGAUUCUGUUCUGUUUCUAAUAAAAAAAUGGCUUCCUUCUAAAAUUUUAUCACAA